UUCCUCUCACAAAUUCAUCCUUCCACUUUCUCUCUCCUCCUCAAAAAUGGCGUCUUCUUCAUCAAUGGCUUCCUUCUCUCUCCUCCUCCUUUUCUCUCUCCUCGCCGUCUCCUCCGCCGUCGACAUGUCCAUCAUCUCCUACGACCAAUCCCACAACCUCCUCCCUUCUUCCUCCGAACGCUCCGACGACGAAGUCAUGAACAUCUACGAAUCAUGGCUUGUUCAACACCACAAGAAUUACAACGCUUUGGGUGAAAAGGAGAAGAGAUUCAAGAUCUUUAAGGAUAACUUGAAGUUAAUCGAUCAACAUAAUUCCGAUGAUUCGAAUUCGUUUAAAUUAGGGCUUAAUAAGUUCGCUGAUUUGACGAACGAUGAGUUUCGAUCUAAGUUUUUGGGGAAGAAGAAGAGUGAGAGUUCUUCGAUGUUGAAAUCGAAGGUUAAGAGUGAUCGGUAUUUGUUUAAGGAAGGUGAUCAGUUGCCGGAGUCCGUUGACUGGAGAGCGAAAGGCGCCGUUGCUAAGGUCAAAGAUCAAGGGCAAUGCGGGAGUUGUUGGGCAUUCUCCACAAUUGCUGCUGUGGAGGGAAUUAACCAGAUUGUUACUGGGGAUCUGUUGUCGUUGUCUGAGCAAGAACUUGUAGAUUGUGAUACCACUUACAAUUCUGGAUGUGAUGGUGGACUUAUGGACUACGCAUUUGAAUUCAUUAUUAACAAUGGUGGAAUUGAUACUGAUGAGGAUUAUCCCUACAAAGGAACAGACGGCAAAUGUGAUCAGUACAGGAAGAAUGCCAAGGUUGUUACAAUUGAUGGGUAUGAAGAUGUCCCUGAAAAUGAUGAAAAGGCAUUGCAGAAGGCAGUUGCUCACCAACCCGUUAGUGUUGCCAUUGAAGCUGGUGGCAGUUCCUUCCAGUUCUAUCAGUCGGGUGUUUUUACCGGAAGAUGUGGAGCAGAUUUGGAUCAUGGUGUUGUGGCAGUUGGUUAUGGCUCUGAAAACGGAAAGGACUACUGGAUCGUGAGGAAUUCAUGGGGUGCUGAUUGGGGAGAGGGCGGAUACAUAAGGAUGGAGAGGAAUGUGGAGCACUUGAAAACUGGUAAAUGUGGUAUUGCUGUGGAGCCAUCAUACCCAGUCAAGACCAGCGAGAACCCUCCUAACCCAGGUCCUACUCCUCCAUCUCCCCCUUCUCCUCCUUCAGAGGAUGUAACUUGUGAUACUUACUACUCAUGCCCUUCUGCAACCACCUGCUGCUGUGUCUACGAAUAUGGCCCUUAUUGCUUCGCUUGGGGUUGCUGCCCAUUGGAGGCUGCUGUGUGCUGUGCUGACCACUCUAGCUGCUGCCCUCAUGACUAUCCCGUCUGCAACGCUAGGCAGGGUACUUGCAAUGUGAGCAAGAACAGCCCAUUGAGCGUUAAAGCAAUGAAGCGUACUCCUGCAAAGCUCCACGCAAAGUUCGGCAUUUUUUAAGCACUUGACAUUGCAAGCUUGCAACUGCGAAGGAUUUCUGAACCUGGCAACUGCAGAAUACGGAAGAAUUAGGGUUGCUUAGGUUGCAUUCAGGAAUACCAUUGUUGACCAUGCAUUGUUUCUUUCAGCAUGGUGGUUUUGUAAAUACGAAGUAUUAUUUAAAAAAUUGUACUAAUGCUCUUUAAUGGCAACGAAGUUACUACUAUGUCAAGACAUGACACAAUGCACAUUGGCUUUAAGGAAUCAUUGGUUAUGUAAAUAGUUUAUGCUACCUUUACUUCAUUAUGGCUGCUUAUUUAA